UUUAUCAACCUUUCGAUACCGUACCCAUACAGGCUUGGGUAAGCGGUUGGGGUGUCACCGAAUACAGCGGAGAGCAAUUCCAUACGGUAUCACACCAAGUAUGAUUUGUGCUGGCGAUCCUAAGGGCAAUUGGACAAGGGACACUUGUCAAGGAGAUUCUGGUGGCCCUCUACAAAUAGUCCAUCCUAAAAGCGAAUGCCUCUUCCAAGUGAUUGGUAUUACCAGUUUUGGUCAGGGUUGCGGGAUGAUCGACAUACCCGGUGUUUAUACUAGAGUGUCCCAUUAUCUUUCGUGGAUCGAAAAUAUUGUCUGGUCACAAGAAUAAAAAUGUUCACGAACAGUAUAAAAAAGUUCUUCAUUAAAUUAAUUUGGCUAAAAUAAGUCUUAAGAGAAUUAGUUAUUAGUUUUCAAAUAAGUGAGACAAAUCAAUUAAAAACUGAGAAAUUUAGCAUUUGUAUUGUAAAUUUUUCCCUGCUCAUUAUUUUGUAGUGUCAUAGUCAUUUACUAUAUAAAAAUAAUUUUGCAAUUUUAGCAUACUGUAUAUGUUUUAAUUAUUGCUUUUGCGAAAAUUAUAGACAAUUAACUGUAUAGAGAUGAACAGUUUGCGAUGAACAGUUUGUUUUGAUUAGAAUAUAAGUAUAAGUAAAUUAAGAAAUUGCGAGGAAGUAUGAAUUAUAUGUAGAAUAAGAAACUUUAAUUUCAUGUAACGAUAAUCGCGAGCUUCAAAUUUAUUUGGGUAAAUGUUCCCUUUUACUCAGCCCUAAAUGACCUCCGAGAGACCUUGACCUUGAUCUUGACUCCCAAGAAAGUCAAGGUUUCAACCUUUUACAUCGCUUGUUAUUCAUUAAAAAGUUAUCAAUGAAAACGUUUUUAUGAAUAGGACACUUUUUCAACACAAUAUACACAUUCCAACAUGAAGAA